AAGCACCAAAAACAAACAAAAACAAAAAACAAUGGCAAGGCUAUUCUAUGCUAUGAUCAUUCUCUUGCUUGUUAUAGCAACACCAGCAAUUGCCGAACCUUCUUGUAAAACAGUUGCAAAAGGGAUAGUACCCUGUGUGUCUUAUAUUAGAGGGAAACAUCAUAAAUCGGACAAGCCAUCAAAUAUGUGCUGCAAAGGACUGAAUGACAUAGCCAAAGAGGUAAAAAAUGGCAAGGAUCGUGUAGCUGUUUGCAAGUGUAUAAAGAUGGCACUUUCACGUAUUCAUUAUGAUCCCACUCGUAUCACACUUGCUUCACAACAAUGUCAUACGCCUUCAUCUCUGCCUUCCGUUGGCCAACACACUAAUUGUGCUAGGGCGAUCUGAAUGUUGCAAAUGGAUGUUGGCCAAUAUAUAAGAACGGCAUUUGAUGAUGUUGGUGAUUGAAGUCAAAAAUAAAAAUAAAUAAAUGGCAAUAAUCAUGUAUAAAGCUGCACUCUCAUCAAGAAAUUAUACUAAAAAUAUAUCGAUCCCUUCUUCUAUGUGAAUAUUUAAUUCGUGCUACUUAACUAUAUAUGAAAGGAAAUAAAAUGAGUUGACUGUUGUGGAGUACU